GGGGGAUUUCACGAUCUUUAACUAUGACCCAACUGCAACACAAACCAUUCCUCGACAUCAAGCCUACAAAUUUCAACAAACCGAAACACCGCCCUGAUCUCGUUCCCGGUAAUUGCACAGCGCGGUCACAUCCGAGAGCUCAUCCACGAUGAACAUAAUUGAAGCUGUAUUUGGACGCUACAAGUCACCAGCGGAACGGAUGCGGGAACAUCAAAGGUCGUUGCAGAAAGCUACGCGUGAACUUGACCGGGAGCGUACAAAGUUAGAGAGUCAGGAAAAGCAACUGAUAAUUGACAUCAAGUCCAACGCCAAGAAAGGUCAAAUGAAUUCCUGCAAAGUCAUGGCUCGUGACUUGGUUCGGACCCGGCGCUAUGUGGCCAAGUUUUAUUCGAUGAAAACUCAAUUACAAGCUGUAAGCUUACGACUACAGACCAUGAGGAGCAAUCAACAAAUGGCUGAAGCGAUGCGAGGUGCGACCCGGGCAAUGGGGAUGAUGAGUCGGACGAUGAACUUACCUCAAAUUCAAAAAAUACUGAUGGACUUUGAAAAAGAAAGUAGUGUGAUGGACAUGAAAGAAGAGAUGAUGAAUGAUGCGGUUGAUGACGCCAUGGAAGACAACGAAGACGAAACGGAGGAAGAAGAGAGUGACAAAAUCUUACAGGAGGUCCUGGAUGAUAUAGGCAUCAACUUGAGUCACCAGCUUGGAGAUACUCCAGUUCGCCUCGAAGCUCCAUCGACCGUCCAAGAAUCGCGACAGGCUGUGGCCAUUGGCGAAUCGUCGGCAGGCCCGACCGGAAGUACCGCGGGUGGCGGCGCUAACGUACCUGAUAUAGAUGACUUCUCGGCUCGAUUGGCUUCAUUGAGAAAGGAUUGAUCUUCCCCGUCCAUCUCUAAGGGUCCGAUCUUAUUGAGAUGAUUCAUUGUAUUUGUCUUUUUUAUUCUUUCCGUUGCUUGGUUUCUAACUGUUAUUGUCUGCAAUCUGCUGUACAUUAAACCCUCUGAAGAUCAUCACCCCUGUCAGCAAUCCAAACAACUAUCCACAUUGGAUUGUAUCAUGACAUAGUUGGCUAUACAAAACCCAACGGAACAGACAUGUUUUGUUUCAGGCAAAGUGAUUAGCUAACUCCUUCUUUC